AUGUCUGGGACUAUUGAAGAGCGCGGGAGCAAGUCCGACGCGUUCAAAGGAAUCACACAGAAACUCUUCGGCAAGCUAGCGGCUCAUCUUGACGCAUCAAAAGAAUCUGAGGACAAGCCCUCAACACCACUACGGUAUGACAAUAUACCUGACAGCUUGAAGCCCUCAAGGCCGCCUUAUCAACCCCACAACGGUUAUAACUCAGCAGCGAACCUCGUCGGGAGCUUCGAUGCGCUUUCGCUCACUGGAAGGCCGCCUCAACCACAUAGCAACUCUGACCCAGGAACCGCUUUCGUGGGGGGCUUCUAUGCACCUCCACCGAUCGCUCCGAAUCAACCACCCCCUUCGGCACCUGAUCUGCGAUUGUCGGGCGCAGAUGGUUUUGCGCCAGGUCCUCUACCACGCCCGCCGGCGAUGCCUCUGCCAUACCAACCUCAGCCGCAAUCGUACGACCAGAGCCCUCCAAAGACAUCGCUGACCAUGCAGUACGCAUUGCAGGCCCCCGAUCAGCAGCAUCGCCCAUUCCCGCCACAGCUGAACACCCCGCCCUCUCGUCCGGUUUCCUCGUCUAUGUUGCCUUCCAAAUUGCACGAUCUCAACCUUUACGCGGCCCCAGUUGCGCCGAAGAAGGGCUCGAAACCCCAGGCGAUAUCACACAGCGUUACCAUCUCGUCUGAUUCCUCAGAUGGUUCUUAUACUGCGUCGCCCAAGCCCUCGAAGAAGGCUGCCCGCCGACGUGUGUCUUCAGAUCCCCCCGCUUCCGCCGCCCCGUCGACCUCCAAGAGUGACGGAACCUCCGUCCAGUGUAAUGGAACUACGAAGGCAGGCAAACGCUGCACCCGGCAAGUUGCCCGCGAUGCGAACACGACCGGAGACGUAUUCUGCCACCAGCAUAGCAGAGAGGUACUGGCUUCCAGCGGCUUUUUUGGCAGAAAGAAUGGUGAAUGGGUCAAGUUUGAAGACUGGAUCCCGUCGUACCUCCAACCUGAUACUCAGGUGAUGCUUCGCUCGGAGAUGGAGAAAGCGAAGACAUCGAGUGAUGUGCCAGGAUACAUAUACACAUUCGAGAUACUGGACCUUGACGCGCCGACGAUCAAGCUAAAAGUUGGGCGCGCAGUAAACCUGGUAAAGCGAAUAGACGAGUGGAGCAAACAGUGUUCCUCGAAAGAGCAGGUUCUUCGAGGGUGGUACCCUGGGGUAGUGGAAUCAGAGGACGGCGAUGACGAUGGCGGCAUAAGUUUGCUCAAGGGAAAGGUCCGUGCUGGUACAAAAUGCCCGCUUUGUCAUCGCUUGGAACGACUGGUGCAUCUGGAACUUGCGGAUCUGGCGUUCGCACAAGCAUAUCUGGACCCCAGCUGGCCGGAUGUGAGUGAGCCGCCAGAGGUCUCGGGCAACACGACGUCCACCCCGAAGAACAAGGGCAGAACGUACGUGGCGCCGUGUCCGGACUGCGGCCAACUUCACAAAGAGAUAUUCGAGUUCAAGCGCGUCAAAAAAGGUCGGUAUAAGAAUAAGGAAUGGGAGUUGAUCGUCAAGCCUGUGAUCGAGAAGUGGGGUGCCUUUGUGGAAAGCUAUGUCUGA